AUGCCGGCUCACACUCUCGGCUUGCCAAACAAUUUGAUCAACAUCUUCAAACAAACAUCUGUGGAUGACGUUCCAAAGAUCCAUCAUCCUAAAGCUGGAGCUAAUCAGUAUAGGAUCUUCCUGGAUACGAAGAAUUCUGGGUCUCAUGAGGUCAAGACGGAUAAAGGUAUGGUGGGUGAGGAGCAUGAGGAGAAGAAGGGACUAUAUCCAUCCAAGAUGCCACAUCCGUUCGGCCAAUAUGGGCCGCCGCCUGCUUAUAACACAAGCUCCAUAUCCAAAUCCUCCUCGUCUGUACUGGUCACUGUUACUACAACCCUGGGAAAAGAUAAUGAGGCUGGACUAAAUGAAAAUUCUGGUGGCAAAUCUGAAAAACUGGGUACCGGAGACUUUAAGAAGUCAGAGACAUCCGAUUUUGGUCCCGAAACCAACCAGAUGGUUAUAAACAAAACAGUGCAGGUAUAUUCCGAUAUAAAGAAGGAUGAAUCUUGCGAAAUCAUCGUAGACGUGAAAGGUUUGGAUUUCGAUCCGAAUAUGCCGAAACAGAUACGAAACGAGAUCAUCAGGUUCUUCAUUCUAUUUUUCUUUUUGCUAUAUUGGAUACAUCAAUUGAUCAAUCUCAUAUGUAAUGAUAAU